AAUGCAGCGCAAGUCAAAAGAAUAGCGGAGACAGACGUGUAUCAAAACACGACCAGCAAAUUGUCUUACAUCAUGGAGCUUAACGGUGACUGAAACAUUCAGAACUUUUGGACUGAAACAGAGCCUGGAUUACUGGAAAAACCUUUAACAUAGAGUGGGAUUGUAAGAGCUAAUCCUAUUGGUGACUGGAGCCAAGAUGGCGGGAAGAGAGCGUAGUCCCCGCCACAGGCCCUGGUCUGUGUACAGAGCUACCACAUUUGACUUGUCUUCUGAGAUGAUGGGGUUGGCACUCACAGGAAACAGCCAGGAUCCUGAUGAGCCAGUGCUUGAGUUCAGUCUGGCAUGCAGUGAGCUGGUCACCCCAUCGCUGGAUCGUAAGCCCAGUAGUUUUGUAGCUGUGAGCUGCACCACUCCUCCACAGGCAUUCUGGACCAAACAUGCACAGACGGAGAUCAUAGAGGGCACCAGCAAUCCAAUCUUCCUGAGCAGCAUCGCCUUCUUCCAGGACUCUCUGAUUACCCAGCAGACCCAAAUCAAACUGUCUGUGUACGAUGUGAAGGAUCGCUCACAAGGGACUAUGUACCUGCUGGGUUCGGCUAUGUUUACAGUAAAAGAGCUCCUUCAAGACAAACACCACAGGCUACACCUCAUGCUGAAAUCAGCAGAGAGUGAACGGAUGGGAAACAUCACCAUCAUUGGGUGGCAGAUUGAGGAGAGGAGAGACCAGCGAGCUCCUCUGGCACGAUCAGAUACGGUUAACGGCAGGAUGGUGUUACCUGUUGAUGAAAGUCUGACAGAAUCCAUGGGUGUAAAGGCUAAAUCUGCUUCCUUAUGCAAAGACAGUCUUUUAAAGGCAGUGUUUGGAGGCACUGUUUCAAGGAUGUACCGAUUGCCCACGACUGAUGGGAACCACCUGCGUGUCCUGGAGCAGAUGGCAGAGAGUGUGCUCUCUCUACACAUACCAAGACAGUUCGUCAAAUUACUGCUGGAAGAAGAUGCUGCCAGGGUGUGUGAGCUGGAAGAAUUGGGAGAGUUGUCGCCCUGCUGGGAGAAUCUGAGGAGACAGAUCAUCACCCAGUACCAGACUAUCAUCCUCACCUAUCAGGAGACUCUCAGUAAUUUACACGAAUACAAGGGUGCUUCCUUCAAAUCUAGCACUCUGAAAGGAGAGAAGAAAUUAGAGUUCAUGCCCACAAACCUCCACGUACAGAGGAUGAGAGUGCAGGGCGAGUCUGGUUAUGAUCGCACAUAUGACGUGGUGACCACAGGGGCUCCUGCUGCGCACCAUCAGGGCUUUAAGAGCAGUGGACUGAGGAAACUCAUUCAGAAGUUUGAGGAAGCCAAAAAACAUGUUGGAGAGUCAGCUCCUCUCUCUAUGCGCUACCAGCCGCAGGAUGUGCUUAAAGCGAAAGAAAUCAUUUCUCAUAUCAACACUCUGAAGACGCAGGUCAGCUACUACACUGAGCGUCUGUCUCGCGCUGCUAAAGAACGCUCCACUAAUGCAUUGGAGAGGACCCUCGCAAUCCUCACUGACAAGACGCGGCAGCUAGUGACAGUGUGUGACAGUAAGCUGUUAACCACAGCUAUCCAGGCUCUGAGUGCUGCUCGGCCAGAGUUCAUCGCCUCCAGAGGCUCUCCGUCCGCCCAUGACACUGAGCGCGUGGUGCUGAGGAACGAUCAGGGCUCUCCACAGGCCAAAUGGAGCGGAAAGGGGAACAGAGCGUCCGUCAACUUAACCUGGCAGGAGGAGGAGUGGGAGAAAAUCUGGCUGAAUGUGGACAAGAGUCUGGAGUGCGUGAUCCGCUGUGUGGACCGUCUACUGACCCGAGAGCGCAUGCACAGUGACAGCAGCGAAGACGUGUUUCUGUCGGACCAGCAAGCCGACACAAGCAAGAGAGGUAGCAAGGGCAAUGCAUUCUGGAUCAACCCUGGUGACGGGCUCUCAUCCCCUUCCUCAUCACACCCCCUAUCAGCUCCGUCAUUAUCACCAUCCUCCUCACCCUUUCUGAACCCUGCAUGUCCAUCCACUCCUAACACUCACUCUUAUAAUGCCAGUGUUGAAGGCUCCUCUCCUGGUGAAUGGAGUGAAGCUCUGUAUCCUCUCCUGACCACUCUCAAUGAGUGCGUGGCCAUGAUGAGCGACAAAGCCAAGAAGUCCAUGGUGUUUCUGCUAAUGCAAGACAGCGCUCCGACUAUCGCCAUGAGUUUAUCACUGCAGUACCGCAGAGAUGUGGUUUUCUGUCAGACGCUGACGGCCCUGAUCUGUGGGUUUGUUGUAAAGCUGAGGAACUGUCUCAGUGACAGUGGCUUCCUCAGACAGCUCCACACCAUCGGCUUACUGGUCCAGUUUGAGGGUCUCCUGAGCACCUAUGGAGAAGAGUUGGCCAUGCUGGAGGACAUGAGUGUAGGAGUAAUGGACCUUCGCAACGUCACCUUUAAAAUUACCCAAGCCACCUCCAGCUUCAGCCCCGACAUGCUGCCGGUCAUCACAGGCAACAGAGACGGCUUUAAUGUGCGCAUUCCCCUACCGGGAGUCAUGUUUGAUGCACUGCCACGCGAGAUCCAGAAUGGAAUGCUGCUACGCGUUCAACCAGUCUUAUUUAACGUAGGAAUAAAUGAGCAGCAAACGCUAGCCGAGAAGUUUGGAGACACGUCACUGCAGGAAGUCGUGAAUAUGGAGAGUCUCGCUCGUCUUACCUCCUAUUAUGACCAGUUUAAAGAAGUGCUGCCUGAAGACUGUUUACCACGCUCUCGCAGUCAGAACUGUGUGCCUGAGCUCCUCCGGUUCCUCAGUCAAAAUAUUAAUGCCAGGAAGAGCAAGAACGUGGACAUCCUGUUGCAGGCAGCAGAGAUUUGUCGGCGUCUGAAUGGUGUGCGUGUGACUAGCUGCAAGAGUGCAAAGGAUCGUACGGCCAUGUCGGUGACACUGGAGCAGUGUCAGAUCCUCCAGAGUGAGCACUGCAUGGCCCCGCAGGUCUUCACACAGGCCCUCGACUGUAUGCGCAGUGAGGGCUGCCGACGAGAAAACACCAUGAAAAACGUGGGCAGCCGCAAAUACGCCUUCAACUCGCUCCAGCUGAAGACCUUCCCUAAGCAGUACAGACCACCAGAGGGAACCUUCGGAAAAGUGGAGACCUGAUCUGGGAUGACAACUGCAUGUUCCCCCUUGUCCGCUUUACUUUAUCACCACAUAUCAGAAGGAAAGUUUUAUUAUGCACAGUCAUGCUGUAAUACGCUCUGGUUAUUAUCCAGAUGACAAUGUUAAUGUUUCUCAGAUCCCCCAAACCUCUUGGCUUUGAGAAGAGAGGAGAAAUAGGGAAAGAAAGUCAGGCGAAGAUCUAGAUUGUUGCACUGAAAGCAGGUAAGAAGGCCUGUUAUUUCAAACUAAACAAUAUAUAUAAAUAUCAAAGCAUUUUACACCCCCCAAAAAGCAUCUACUUCUUUUAAUCCUUGUUUAGUUAACAUAAAUACACAUAUGUUAAAUGCUUUCCAGCAUCAUACAUGAUCUUUGUACUAAAACACAAAGGUCGAAACUAUCAGCACUGAACGCAGAAGCAAAUCUUUUUUAUCAUCCUUUAGAUUGUAUUUAAGGUUCAAUAGGUUACAGGUAACGUAUAUAUGUGCUGUAGUUGGUUUGUUCUUAGAGACAUACGAUUUAUAAGAUCAAAUUAUUCAUCAUCACUUCAAGUCUACACGAUACUAGCUGCCUUAAGAGAGUCCACCAAACUCACGUGUUAAGAUAAAUAUGUAGAUACUUCCAGUCUGUUCGUGACGUGGUUUAUUUCGUUACUGUAAGACUCUCUCUUUAAGAGUGUUAGCGCUUUAACGCAGGCCUUUUCCCCCUUCUCCUGACUGUGCGUUGUACGGGUUGUAGAGUUUUAAGAGGACACGUUUCCUCAAACUUUUGCCAAGCACAGCUAGCCUCAGUACAAGUGAGCAUACUGUGUGAACAUACAUUCUUUGUAAGGAAAUAUGUGAAUAAGACACUAUUGAUAUGUUCGUUGACUGUACAUUUUCCUAGUUUUGUUUUGUUGGGCAUUGAUAUGAGAAUCAGUGAUGAUCUAAAAGGAGUGCUGCAACUGGUCCUAAAAUAUGAGGAAUAUUUAGUUUUUGUAAAGCAGAGGAGUGCAUUUACGUUAUUUAUUUAAUUGUAAUGGAAACCAUAAUAUACUUUGCAUUACAAAGCAUAAUAAAAAGAAGUAUAUGUAAUGAUCUCGGUUAAAAUCAUCAGCGUUUAUCUCUGCACAAAUACAUGCACAACUGGACUGUAGUUCCUGGUUUAUAUAGCCUAUUACAGACAAGAGACAUGAGCAUGUGACUAAACCUCUGCUGAGAUAAUCUUUUAAAUUCUAACCAGAUGCACUGCAUGGAUGGUCAGCCGUUUACAUAUUGAGCGUACAUGAUGUAAUUGUUUUAUCAUACGGAUCAUUUGAUUUCGUUUUUUAUGUGUCCAUGUAAGGCUGUUGUUCUUCUUUUUCACUGCUGUGUUGUAAGAGCAUGCUGCCCUAUUGGUCUUUCAGUGUAUGUUUUUAUUUUUUAAUGUAUGUUCGGAUACCUUGCUGUACAAAAUGCCUCUUUCCUCCAAACAUACAGCUUUAAGAAUUAAAUUGAAUUCACAAACCUUAA